GCAACAACACAGCUCAUGAUUAAUUCAGUGGAAAGGUGCACAGGCAGAGUGCCAGAGACCUGCUUUAACUCAACAGUACAGGAGUUAGUAACACUUAAAUUAUAUCAUUUAAUCUCAAAUAAAGUUUUUUUUUCUAAUGAUGAUCUCAACUGAAGCAUGUUUGGACAUUCAGACAGGAGAAGGACUGACUGGACAACAGGCCUAUGAUACAGAGGUCAGCACUGACAACAGACAGGUGAAAGGCAAUCUGUGAAACAGAAUAUCCUCAUGAACUCAGCAACAUGUUGAUCAUCUAAAAACAUUCAGGACUUUCAUUCACAAGGGUUAAAUUUCUGCUUAGAGUUACAUCUGUGUCACUCUCUCUUGGUGUGUCUUCCUAUAAGUCAUAUACAACAUAUUUUAGACAUAUGAAUAUACAAGAAGACAUAAAGAGGAAGAUGUUUAAAAGCUAGUAUCCUGAUAGCACAGAUGUAUUUCUGAAUUGCUUUUAGUGAUAUUAAAGUCAUCACCAUGCAACCCUUUGAGCAGAUGCUCCACCUGUGCUUGUCUAAUUAGGUUGAUUUUUCACACAGCACCAGCUGUCUACAUUCACCUCAUUGCAAUCAGCGUAAGCAGAAUCUGAAAGGUUUCAGUAUCCUUCCUUCCACAUUUCUUGCUCUCAAAUUUUCAGGACAAAAAUGGGACAGAGGAUGAUUUAUUGUUAUCUGGGCUAUUUGUUUUAAUCAACAGUCUGCUGCUGCAGGUGGUUGAACUCACUGCCAUGGCUCUUCCAUUUGGAGGCUCUUGGCUUUGCACUCUGAUGUUAUGGGGCUGCGUUUGUUUUCUUCCUCAAAAAGGUUGCAAUAUUGCACAUGGAUACUCUGUCAGUAAUCAUGCAGAAGUGCUUGGUCCACAAACCUCAAACCAGUUUCAUUCUGGAGCAUCUUUAAACUCAGACCAUGACUCUGUUAGUCCAAUGGAUGACCUGCAAAACUUUGAUUCCCUUCAGAGAGAACCAGUCCACUAUGAAAACAAUGAGGAUGCGAGCUCUGUUACAAGCUUCGGUGAAGAGAACCCAGAGUCAGAACAUGAGCCAGAUGAGUUUUCAGUGGACCCCUCGAUGGAGAAAUAUCUGCAAGAAAGUGCUGGUGAUCAACACCCCUUUGGCCUUUUAGUGAAGGAGCACAAACAAAAGACAUCUAUGGAGGGUGUCAGUUUCCCAACAAUGAAAGAUUUCAAACACUUUAUAGAAACUAUUAAAAGCUCCUUCUUAAAGCCAGGAAGUGACUUGAGUGGACAUUUUCAAACUGAACAGGACAUGAUGGAAAACGAGGUGACUUCUAAUGCUCAAAAUAUUAAGAGCGAGCCUAAUGACCAUGAUGGCGUCAGUGAAAACAAUGUCUGGAGUGAACCUGUGGAUACAACUUUCUACCAAAUGCAAAGUGAAAGCCUCUCUGUCCCUGAUCCUGUCGACUCCAUGGCAACUCUCCUUUCUACCAGUGUUUAUGACAACCAAGACUCGGGCUCGGGCUCUGCUCUCUACCCUUUCCCUCAUUCAACAGCCUCUGAGUAUGUUUCAAGUAAUUAUGGAAAUUUUGACAAGAGUGGGGAAAACCCCGAUAUUUUCACCAGCUCCGAAUAUGUGCAAAAUGAAGAUGUUCCGUCAACAAGCUACGAGCUCCCUGAACAAAUACCCUCAGGCUCCUUCUUCAGCCAUGUGACUGAAUCUCCUGCCAACCCUCCAAACAACCCAUCUCAAGAGUUCAGCUACUAUCCAAGUAAAACAUCCAAUAUAAUGCCUUUAGUCUCUAAUGGGAAUAUUAAACAACCAAUAUAUACAUCUCACAGUGAAGACUCUUUGACAGGGUAUCAAAAACCAUCCGGUGGCUUUGAAUUUGAAGAUUUUCAAAGUCAGCAGCUAGGCAGAGUGACUCCAGCCAAUGUCGUGUCUGCACCAAAGCCCCCAUUGUUGAAUUCCUAUGCCAAAAGUGUAUAUGUCAAUGCACCAAGAGGUCACCUCAACAUCUUAAGUUAUCCACCAAAACUUAGGGAAAGACCAGCCCCAUCAUUUCAAGCUUAUCAACCCACUAUUGGCAAGGAAUCAAAGUACAUAAACAACACCCCCACUGUUCAGCUGCCUGCAUCUAGUGGUUCUGUUUCUUCAAGGUCUGACAACCUUUCACCACAGAGGAGUAAUGGUCAUGUGGGCGCUCAAACAAGCAGCCCACAUGAUGCUGAGGAUCAAAUGUUCAACAGAAAGCAGCCGGUCCUGUCCCCCCAAGAGUUUAUUGGCUCAAGUAGAUACGAUGGUUAUCUCGGAGACCAGAGAAUCGGCGUUACUCGUCCAUCCAGCUUAUCUGACCAGGCAAAAGACGAGGAGAGAUCAGGCCUCUCUGAGCUGAAUCCAGUUUCUGGGAUUUCGUCUCAGGUGGGAGUUGGUUAUGUAAGUUUCAACUCUCUAACAAACUUGGCUCCAACUUCGUUAUCUGAGACAGCGCUUUCAAUAUUAGCUGGCAAUGAAGUCACGUCCAGGGACUUUGGAAUCAAGAAUAUAAUCUCUAAUAGGUUUCAAACCGGCAAUAUACGUGAUGCCAGAAACACUCUGGGCUCAUUUUCUACCCCACAAAAACGAGGCAUUUCUCUAAAUGAUGCAACCAGCUUUCUACAGAAGUUCAUACAACCAACCAAAGUACGGAAGCCUCGUAAACCGCCGUCUGGAUCCAAAGCGACUGGUUCUGUUUUAAGUGGUGUCUUUCGGAGGAAUGGUGGCAACACAAAAAGGCUUCGUUCUCAAACUGGCCCCAGUGUGUCACAACCAUCUGUAAACGCAUACAUUGUGCAGUCCAGAAACGCCUACGUGAGGAGCAAAGUAUCUCAAUCAAACACCCGUUAUGCACCGUAUCAGCUGGAUGGAGGCAAAACUGGUACACGCCAACGGAAACCUGCUCCAAUGCUACACAAAUACUGAAUGAGAGAACAGAGAUAACCACCCCUUUAAGAGUGAUAUGGAUCUGCUGUCGUCUUCAGCCGGGAGGAAAAUCAAGAUUCUGCAGUUCUACAAACAUCUGCUCUAAUUAGUAAAGGCAGUAGUUAAACAGUU